AUGAGGACUCCACUACUUGGCCUUCUUGUCCUUUCACUCGAAGCCUCACGAGCCGUGGGAACACUGAUUAGGAUGCAAAAUGUCCAUGUCGUAGAGAUUGACGAGAAUACCGAGAUCGACGAAGAAAAAGGCGUGAUGAGUUACAAAGAGGAACACAACUCGCCUUUCCAAAACACACGGAACUGCAAGCAGGCAGGUUAUCGUCUAGCCUUGACCCGUGAUCGGAAGUUCGCUACGUGUUGUCCACAGGGGCAAGCCCUCAGGGGUUCGAAAGAAACUGCAUUCGAUUGCUGCGCUGCCGAUCAUGAUAUCACAGGUUCUCAAGAAGUUGGCUAUGGAUGCUGUGCGACAGGUGAAGAAUGGGAUGGCAUAAAGUGCAAGCCUUGCGGGCCGCCUGCGGAAGAGCCGGUUGUGGAAGAGCCGCCCUGCACUUCUGGAAUUAAAGCUGGGACAUGUUACACUUUUACCUUUCUUAACGGACGCCGCUGGGGUUACAACGGAGCUUACUAUGCUGCCGCACCAGAAGAGAUGGGGCAACAGUGGGGCAAAUUCAAGCUUUGUAAAGACGAGGACUGCAAAUCUAGUGCACCAAUCAACCCUGGCGACAGUAUCAGAAUCAAGGAUGUGCAUGGCAGACCCAAGACUGGGGAAGACCCUAAUCAAUGGCUCAGUCGUGAGAUAAAUGGAGGACACAUUGGGAAAACACCAGAAUAUUCCAAAGCGGGAACAUUUUCGUUGACCAAAUGGCCAUGCGGCAAGUACUGCCUUGGUGGGAUCGAAGAAGGUGUUGCUUUCGCAUGCCCCAACGACAAGCCAGCGGCUACUUUUACUACCUAUGAUAAACAAUCAUGCAUACCCCUUGAACUUCUAGAGGUUCCCUGCGACAUUCAUGCAAAAGAGAACAAUUGUAUUUGGAGAAACGGGUCUGACCAGUGCUGCAACAAGAUGGACUGCAGCCACGUAAUCUCAAAUGGACAGUCAGACGUCCUAUAA